AGCAGCCCUGCGAAAGUGCUGCCCAUCGAUAUCAAAUAACCUAAAAGUUUUGACACGAGGUCUUUUCCUUUCUUUCUCGCGUUUUACUCCAACAUGGGUAUUAGCCGUGAUAGUGCACACAAGCGUCGCGCCACUGGUGGCAAGCGCAAGUCGCUCCGCAAGAAGCGCAAGUUCGAGUUAGGCCGCCCCGCAGCCAACACCAAGCUUGGUGGCUCUCGCGUCCACAAGGUCCGCACUCGUGGAGGCAACAGCAAAAUGCGUGCUCUGCGCUUGGAGAACGGUAACUUCGCGUGGGCCUCUGAAGGCGUUGCACGCAAGACGCGUAUUGCCGAUGUCGUCUACAAUGCCUCCAACAACGAGCUGGUGCGCACCAAGACUCUUGUAAAGAACAGCAUUGUGGUUAUCGAUGCCACGCCAUUCCGUCAAUGGUACGAGUCACACUAUGUGCUGCCUCUGGGACGCAAGCGUAACCCCAAGCACGCCCAGAAGGAGGAUGAGAACGAUGUGCUGACCAAGAAACGAAGCGACAAGGUCAUGAAGAAGUACUUGGAGCGCCAAAAGUACGGCAAGGUCGAGCAGGCCUUGGAGGAUCAGUUCACUUCUGGUCGUAUCCUAGCUUGCAUUUCAUCCCGCCCCGGACAGUGCGGUCGCUCUGAUGGCUACAUUCUGGAAGGCAAGGAGUUAGAGUUCUACCUUAAGAAGAUCAAGUCUAAGAAAUAAAGGCACUAGAAAGGCGCUUGCAAAACGACAACUGAUUUGCAGACAGAAAACAAUAAAAC